UGAUCUGGCUGGACUUGAAAGAGGCCGGUGACUUCCACUUUCAGCCAGCCGUAAAGAAGUUUGUCCUGAAGAAUUAUGGAGAGAAUCCAGAAGCCUACAACGAGGAACUGAAGAAACUGGAGUUGCUCAGACAGGACAUUUCUGGAGGGCAUGUGUCAUUGAGAACCCGGCAAGCCUUGAAAAUGAAUCCUGAGUGUGUUCCGAAUCACUGAUUUUCAAGCUGCUGUUACAGGAAAUGGCCACAAGACGGCAGCACUUUUCCUGCCCAACUGAAUGCCGUCCGUGUCCCACGUGAUUUCGAGGGCUGCAGUGUCCUCCGCAAGUACCUGGGCCAGCUCCACUACCUGCAGAGCCGGGUCCCCAUGGGCUCGGGUCAGGAGGCCGCCGUUUCUGUCACCUGGACUGAGAUCUUCUCCGGGAAGUCGGUGGCCCACGAGGACAUCAAGUAUGAGCAGGCCUGCAUUCUCUACAACCUUGGGGCACUGCACUCCAUGCUGGGGGCCAUGGACAAGCGGGUGUCUGAGGAGGGCAUGAAGGUCUCCUGCACCCACUUCCAGUGCGCGGCCGGCGCCUUCUCCUACCUGAGGGAGCACUUCCCCCAGGCCUACAGCGUGGACAUGAGCCGGCAGAUCCUCACUCUAAACGUCAACCUUAUGCUGGGCCAGGCGCAGGAGUGCCUCCUGGAGAAGUCCAUGCUGGACAACAGGAAGAGCUUCCUGGUGGCGCGCAUCAGUGCACAGGUGGUGGAUUACUACAAAGAGGCCUGCCGCGCCCUGGAGAACCCUGACACCGCCUCGCUGCUGGGUCGGAUCCAGAAGGACUGGAAGAAGCUGGUGCAGAUGAAGAUCUACUACUUCGCGGCUGUGGCUCAUCUGCACAUGGGGAAGCAGGCGGAGGAGCAGCAGAAGUUUGGGGAGCAGGUUGCAUACUUCCAGAGUGCCCUGGACAAGCUCAAUGAAGCCAUCAAGCUGGCCAAGGGCCAGCCUGACACCGUGCAGGAUGCCCUGCGCUUCGCUAUGGACGUCAUUGGGGGAAAGUACAAUUCUGCCAAGAAGGAUAAUGAUUUCAUCUACCAUGAGGCCGUUCCGGCGCUGGACACCCUUCAGCCUGUGAAAGGUGCCCCCUUGGUGAAGCCCUUGCCGGUGAACCCCACAGACCCUGCUGUUACGGGCCCUGAUAUCUUCGCCAAACUUGUACCAAUGGCAGCACACGAAGCCUCAUCGCUAUACAGUGAGGAGAAGGCCAAGCUGCUCCGGGAGAUGAUGGCCAAGAUUGAGGACAAGAACGAGGUCCUGGACCAGUUCAUGGAUUCACUGCAGCUGGAUCCUGAGACAGUGGACAACCUCGACGCCUACAACCACAUCCCACCCCAGCUCAUGGAGAAGUGUGCGGCUCUCAGCGUCCGUCCCGACACCGUCAGGAACCUCGUCCAGUCCAUGCAGGUGCUGUCGGGGGUGUUCACAGACGUGGAGGCCUCCCUGAAGGACAUCAGGGACCUCCUGGAGGAGGACGAGGUGCUGGAACAGAAGCUGCAGGAGGCGGCGGGCCCGGCGGGGGCCAGCACGGCCGUGUCUAAGGCCGAGCUGGCAGAGGUGAGGCGAGAGUGGGCCAAGUACAUGGAGGUCCAUGAGAAGGCCUCCUUCACCAACAGCGAGCUGCACCGCGCCAUGAACCUGCACGUUGGCAACCUGCGGCUGCUCAGCGGCCCCCUGGACCAGGUGCGGGCUGCCCUGCCCUCGCCGGCUCUCAGCCCAGAGGACAAGGCAGUGCUGCAGAACCUGAAGCGCAUCCUGGCCAAGGUGCAGGAGAUGCGGGACCAGCGUGUGUCCCUGGAGCAGCAGCUACGCGAGCUCAUCCAGAAGGACGACAUCACGGCAGCAUUGGUGACUGCCGACCACUCGGAGAUGAAGAAGCUGUUUGAGGAGCAGCUGAAGAAGUACGACCAGCUGCGGGUGUACCUGGAGCAGAACCUGGCCGCCCAGGACAACGUCCUCCGGGCCCUGACUGAGGCCAACGUGCAGUACGCGGCCGUGCGGCGCGUGCUCAGCGACCUGGACCAGAAGUGGAACUCCACGCUGCAGAGCCUGGUGGCCUCCUAUGAGGCCUAUGAGGACCUGAUGAAGAAGUCCCAGGAGGGGAAGGACUUCUACGCAGACUUGGAGAGCAAGGUGGCUGCUCUGCUGGAGCGCACGCAGUCCACCUGCCAGGCUCGCGAGGCGACACGCCAGCAGCUCCUGGACAGAGAGCUCAAGAAGAAGCCGCCUCCACGGCCCACAGCGCCAAAGCCGCUGCUGCCUCGCAGGGAGGAGGGUGAGGCGAUGGAGGCCGGAGACCUGCCUGAGGAGCUGCGCAGUCUGCCCCCCGAGCCCUUCCUGGGGGCCGCCGCCCCCCUCCACUUCCCUCCCGGCCCCUUCCCCAGCUCGGCAGGCCCAGGACCCCACUACCUCUCCAGCGCCUUACCGCCUGGUACCUAUGCAGGCCCCACCCAGAUGCUGCAGCCCAGGGCCCCCCAGCCCCCGGGACACCCAGGGGUGGCAGUGGCCCCUGGACCUGCUCUCUACACAGCCCCCGCCUACGCCCCGGAGCUGGGCCUCGUGCCCCGGUCUUCACCCCAGCACGGCAUGGUGAGCAGCCCCUAUGGGGGGGUGGGGCCACCCCCUCCGCUCGCUGGCCUCCCCUCAGCGCCCCCUCCCCACUUCUCAGGCCACGAGUUGGCCAUGGGGAUUCGGCCAGCCACCACCACCGUGGAUAGUGUCCAGGCCCCCAUCUCCAGCCACACAGCCCCACGGCCAAACCCCACCCCCGCCCCUCCCCAGGCCUGCUUCCCGGGCCCCCCACCACAGCCGCUGCCCCUGCCCUACACCUAUCCGAUGGGGCCCAAGCAGCCCCUCACAGCGCCCCCGGCCCAGCACCACUUCCCUCCCGGGGUGCCUGCGGGCUUUCCAGCCCCGAGGAUGGCACCCCAGCCUCCCCCUCAGCCCCUUCCACUUCAGCACCCGCACAUCUUCCCGCCCCAGGCCCCAGGCUUGGUGCCUACCCAGGCCCCCUACCCCUUCGCCCCUCAGCCUGGGGUCCUGGGGCAGCCAUCACCCGCCCUGCACACCCAGCUGUACCCUGGCCCCUCUCAGGACCCUCCGCCCCCACACUCCGGGGCUCUGCCUUUCCCCAGCGCCGGGCCCCCUCAGCCUCCCCAUCCCACCCUGGCCUAUGGUCCUGCCCCUGCCCCCAGACCCCUGGGCCCACAGGCGGCCCCUCUCUCCAUUCGAGCCCCCCCGCCUGCCAUCCAGUCGGCCCCCACUCCCCACCUGGUGCCUUCACCUGCCCCUUCCCCGGGACCGGGCCCCGUGCCUCCACGGCCCCCUGCAGCAGAGCCGCCCCCCUGUCUGCGCCGAGGCACCGCUGCUGCUGACCUGCUGUCCUCCAGCCCUGAGAGCCAGCAUGGAGGCCCUCAGCCUCCCGGGGGUGGGCAGCCCCUGCUGCAGCCUAUGAAGGUGGACGCGGCUGAGGGCCGGCGGCCACAGGCCCUGCGGCUGAUCGAGAGGGAUCCCUAUGAGCGUCCUGAGAGGCUGCAGCAGUUGCAGCAGGAGCUGGAGGCCUUCCGGGGCCAGCUGGGAGCCGCGGGGGCCCUGGACACGGUGUGGCGGGAGCUGCAAGAUGCACAGGAGCUCGACGCCCGGGGCCGCUCCAUCGCCAUCGCCCGCUGCUACUCGCUCAAGAACCGGCACCAGGAUGUCAUGCCCUACGACAGCAACCGCGUGGUGCUGCGCUCUGGCAAGGACGACUACAUCAACGCCAGCCGCGUUGAGGGGCUCUCACCCUACUGCCCCCCCUUGGUGGCCACCCAGGCCCCCCUGCCUGGCACAGCGGCCGACUUCUGGCUCAUGGUGCAUGAGCAGAAGGUGUCGGUCAUUGUCAUGCUGGUGUCGGAGGCCGAGAUGGAGAAGCAAAAGGUGGCGCGCUACUUCCCCACCGAGCGGGGCCAGCCCAUGGUGCACGGGGCCCUGAGCCUGGCCCUGAGCAGCGUCCGUGCCGCCGAGACGCACGUGGAGCGGGUGCUCAGCCUGCAGUUCCGCGACCAGAGCCUCAAGCGCUCUCUCGUGCACCUGCACUUCCCGGCGUGGCCCGAGCUAGGCCUGCCUGACAGCCCCAGCCACCUGCUGCGCUUCAUCCAGGAGGUGCACGCCCACUACCUGCAUCAGCGCCCGCUGCACACGCCCGUUGUCGUCCACUGCAGCUCGGGAGUGGGCCGCACGGGGGCCUUCGCGCUGCUCUACGCGGCCGUGCAGGAGGUGGAGGCUGGACGCGGGAUCCCCCAGCUGCCCCAGCUGGUGCGGCGCAUGCGGCAGCAGAGGAAACACAUGCUCCAGGAGAAGCUACACCUCAAGUUCUGCCACGAGGCCGUGGUGAGACACGUGGAGCAGGUGCUACAGCGUCACGGCGUGCCCCCUCCCAGCAAGCCCACGGCCGGCACUGCUAUCGCCCAGAAGAAUCACCUUCCUCAGGACUCCCAGGACCUGGUCCUCGGCGGGGAUGUGCCCAUCAGCUCCAUCCAGGCCACGAUCGCCAAGCUCAGCAUCCGGCCUCCUGGGGGCAUGGACUCCCCGGUGGCCAGUCUGCCAGGCCCUGUGGAGCCCCCUGGCCCGCCGCCCCCUAGCCUCCCAGAGUCCACCCAACUCCCCUCCUCCUCCCCACCCCCUCUUUCUUCUCCUCUGCCCGAGGCCCCCCAGCCUGAGGAGGAGCAGCCGGUCCCUGAGGCCCCCAGCCUGGGGCCGCCCUCCUCCUCCUUGGAGCUGCUGGCCUCCCUCACGCCCGAGGCCUUCUCCCUGGACGGCUCCCUGCGGGGGAAGCAGCGCAUGAGCAAGCAGGACUUCCUGCAGGCCCACGACGGGCAGGGGCUGCGGGCCGCACGGCCCCCCGACGACCCCCUCAGCCUCCUGGACCCGCUCUGGACGCUCAACAAGACCUGACCAGGUGGACACUCGACGAGCCCUGACUGGGCGCGCCCGCCUGGUCCUCUCACUACAUCGUCUUCUGGGCCUGUCUCUCUCUCAUUCCUGCUGCCUUCAGCCCUGCCUGGCCCAGCCUGCACUUCUGUGGGUAGCAGGUCUUGGGUCAGGCGCCACUUCUCUGUGGGACCUGUUUUUCAGCUCUUUGCUAUGGAAUAAACAAACCUGUUCUGUG